UUGUCUACUCCUUUUUUCUAGAAAUGGUGUGAAGACCAAAUUUUUAAGAUAAUGGUCUUGUAAGUCAUGUUUGAUGCUUGCACUAGAUGGGGUCCCUCAGUCUUCUCCCAUUGAAUUACCGUGCUAUGGUUUGAAUACAUUUUAGCUUUGAUUACAACCGCUUUUUAACUAUUCAACGUGGGCCCUUGACUAAAAAGAGGAGGAGGAAGAAGAACAUCCAUAUAUAGCAGCUUUAUCGUUCAUUUUGGUCCUGGUGGAGUUUCCCUUCCUAUUUGGUAUACUAGGGUACUCAUUCUGGACAUCAUCCAGUGGUAGAAAUAAGGCUUGAAUCAACUCUCUCCCAAGGAUGACCAGCAGUUUGUAAGUUCAUCCUUCUGCUCUCUUUGCAUCCUUUUGGUGUUUUUCUAGGCUUCAAUAUAUAUGACCUGAGUUUUUGCUGUGGUUUCUAAGGCAUGUCUGACCGUGAUUUUGUGGAGCUUGUAUGGGAGAAUGGUCAGAUUCUUACAAGAGUUCUGUCCAGUACUGGAUCUCAUGAGAAUCACAGAUGGUCCAGUUUUUCUUUACAUGAUUCUAAGGCUCAAGUGGAAGUAGGAUGGGACACCUCCAUGGUAAAGAGAGGAAGGUUAUUGGACAAGGAAUUUCCUGGACAUACCAAGAUGGAUCCCCAUCCCAACUAUACCCGUCAGGAUUCUCUUAAAAAGCACUGCCAUACUGAACUAUUGGCCAAAUUCUCAGGUUCCAUUCUAAACGAUGAGGUUGCCUACACCAUUAGUGGUCAUGAUGAACAACUUGUUCCUUCAGCUGACAAUCAGAAUUUUAAACAAGGCAAUGCAUGUAACCUUUUCAGUGGAGAACCUCAGCUUACUAGACCCAAAGGUGGCCAAAUAUGUGAGUCUUCUUUGCAACAAUGGCAAGCUUCAUCUCCAUAUAUAAGAUCAAGGGAGGGUUCAAGUAAGAUCCCAGUAUCAACCAGUGGAUUGUCUAACUCGAUGAUGCGGCAGCCAGAGCAGGAGCAGGAUGCUGACCCCGAUAACAGAAUGGGUUCGAUGAACUUCUCCUAUUUCUUAAAACUUGCAGCUCUCGAUAAAGCCAAGGCUCAGAACAUUGAUGCUGCAAGAGCCACAACCAGCCCAGGCUUGUCAAGACUUAAGGAGUCGAAAAGUGACUAUGCUAAUGGCACCAACCCCUUCAGAUUGAGGCCAAUUGGGCCCCCAACCGGUUCAGUGACCCCCAAACUGUUGCCACAACCAGUUGCUUCGUCUUUAAAGGAACCACUCUCUAAUGGGCAUUGUAAAGCAGUUGGUCAUGAAGUUGCCUUUGGGAAUACUGCAUCCGCUAAUCAGAUUCCUAAGCCCAACUCAAGCUUCGCAGCAAGCAUAGUCAAGGGAAAGCCUUACGCUGAAAAAUCUGUAGAACCAUUGCUUGCAUCUUCGUCUACAUGCUCACGUGAAGCUUCAAAUUAUCCAUCCUAUUCUUUGAAGAGCAAAUGCCAAGAGUCUGAGGAAUCAGAACAUCCAAGUCAAAGUUUUGAAGAAGAACCCAGAAGGGCAGAAGGAGCAAUGUCUACUCGAGGAGGAAGUGCAGGCUCCAAGAGAAACCGUAGUGCAGAAGGUCACAGCCUAUCAGAAAAGAGGCGAAGAGAUAGGAUCAACAAGAAGAUGCGCUCGUUACAGGAACUCAUACCCAAUUGCAAAAAGGUGGACAAGAUUUCGAUACUUGAUGAAGCCAUUGAUUAUCUGAAGACACUUCAGCUUCAAGUGCAGGUCAUGUCAAUGGGAGCUGGGAUGUGUAUGGCUCCAGUGAUGAUACCUGCUGUAUUGCAACAGAUUCAAGCAGCACAUUUGCCUCAUUUCUCUCCCAUGGGUAUGGGAAUGGGCAUGGGCAUGGGCAUGGGAUUGGGAUUGGGAUUGGGAUUGGGAUUGGGCUGCAGCCCAGAACAGUUCCCAAGUCCACCUAUUUUGGGAGCCGCUGCUUUGUCUGGAAUAGCAGGAACUGCACCUCAGAUGCUUGGGCACCCAGGUCAAGUGCUUCCCAUGUCAUUAUCAAGUGCACCCUUCAUUCCUUUACACGCAGGGUCAUUGACACAGUCAGUUCUAGUGCCCAGUGUCCCCAAGGAUAUCCACCCAGUAGAGCAUCCGGGUUCUUCUCCAUCUUCGAAUUGAAAAGGCUCAGCUCAGAACACGGAUGUAGAAUGCUCAAAAAGCCAAAGACCAUCUCAGGAAACAAUGAAAGAUGGUUCCAAACGAACUGCUUUUGACAAGGAGAUAAUCAAAGCUCAAUGCUGUCAUUGGCAUUAGAACUUGAUAUUGAGAUCCCAUUAGCUCCAUGUUGAAUGGUUUUUGGAGAAGGAACAGAAGGUCUUGACUUCCAGCCCAGAACCUAUUUGCACAAAAAAUAAAUGGGUGAUUCAAGGAUGUGGUUACCACUGGCCUUCAAGAGAAACCUUGUACAGGUUGGCAGCAUAAGGGGAUACUUUUACAAUAACCAUUUUGCACACAAAUACCAGGGUGACCAAUUAUGUCCAGCAUCAAGGAACUGAACUCCUUGACGUAGUCCCUCACAGAUCCGGUGUGUUUGAGCCUUUUCAGCCUUCAUCUGCACCACCUAAGUCAGGUGCGCGUGCAAAGCCCAUCUGGUGCGCACGCGGUGCAUGUUUGACUCGCCCAUAGUGCAUGCGCGGUGCACGUCUGGCCCGCUUGUGGUGCGCGUCUGGCUCGCCCGUGGUGCGUGUCUGGCUCGCCCGUGGUGCGUGUCUGGCUCGCCCGCGAUGCGCGUCUGGCUCGCCCGCGGUGCGCACACGGUCCAUGUCUAGCUCGCCCACAGCCUCCUCACAUAGCCCCUGGAGUUUGAACCACCAAAUGUCCAAGUUUUCCUUGCUUUCAGCCUAGGCUCUCAUGUGUGCAAGGCCUACCCAUGAAGCCUUUUCUUCCAUGGUUAAGUCAAUAGGCUAAGGGGCUGAUAAACAUGCCAAUACAACUAACAACGGCAAAGAUGUUUAUAGAUUGGAAGUGGUAAACAUCUCUACUUGAAAGCACAUAUUGAAACUUGGAUCUUCGCCUUUGAGGCCCUUUCCAGAGGAAUGCAAGCUUCUAUGGAAGUAACAGAGAUCUUUCUUGCCAAAACAGGAGUUCCUUUAUUUUUAUUUUUUUUGGAAUAGCAUUUUGAUUUUUUCUUGAGGACCUGCUUGAGAGUAUGCGUUUCCUUUCCCUUUCUGGUUAUUAUUGUCUGCCUCUGUAUGUAACAUUUGAUUGCAGAACUCUUGCAGUUAGUUUGAAAGUUGAUUAUCAGAUGAACUACAUUCUAGUAUUAGAAUUUUAGUGACUUCAUAUUUUGGAGCCAUGAA